GACACACACACACACACAUCGCUAUCUCGGGCCUCGAUGCCAUGUUCCUGCAGCUUUGCAGCUUCUCGUCCUUCUCCGGGUAACGUGGUGACGAGCAUCUCCCAAUGACGCUGCCCGCGUCGCACGUGGACCUCGAUGACUUGGAUCCGGUCUCGGACGACGAGGUGCCACCCGAUGAGAACGACGACGCCAUGGGAACGACCAUGCUGAGUGGCGUGGAUGGAUUGGAUGGGAGUGCAAGCGACCUCAGGGUCGAACUGGCUGUGCCACAAGAAGUGGAAGACAUUCCAGCUCCCUUGCUGGUGGAAGCCGACGCACAGCUUGACAUGAGCCAACAUGCUUUGGAGAUGGAUUAUGACGAUGAAGUUUUGCAGAUAGGCGAGCUGACCGAUCCGUGGAUCGAUCCGGACCACGCCGAGCAGGAUGCCCGGAUGGAGAAAGCCUUCGGCAUUACGGAUGGUGAGGACCGUAUGGACCGUGAUCGAGAGGCUGAAAACGAGGUGAAGAAGGACUAUGUCAGGGGCUUCAAGCGCUCUGGCGUCUAUGCCAUGGAUUGGGCAGGUGACAAGCUCUUGGUCGCAGCGAAAGAAGGUCCUGGCCUUCGUUUGCACGACGUCGAAAGAGGUGAGGAGGAGCGGACGUGGUCUGGAGAGUGGAUGAGCAUUCGGACGGAUCCAAACAACCCCUUUCUAGCAGCUGGCGUUGAUUGGAGAGGCAAGUUCAAGCUCUUUGACACAAGGCAUGCAAGCCAGUCAGUCUUCGAUGUUGACCUCAAGAAGACGUCCCCGUCUAUGAAGGACUUUCUGUAUUUAUGCUGGUCCCCAGACUCCACGAAUAUUGCCCUGAGCAAUCGGGCCGAUCAUAUCUAUUGCCUCCAUUUAAAAAUGGUCAAAGCCAAAGAGAACAACUCCCUUCGACUAGGUUCCUCCAAAAUGAACAUGAACAUAGAGGUGAACCAAAUGGUCUACAGUCCAUCAGGUGAUAGCCUUUGGGUGGCGACUGGAGGUACUCCAGGCAAGCUGCAAAUUUUCCCCUCAAACUCUUUGCAGACACCCGAACGAAGUGUUGUGGCGCACAACUGGACGGCCAUCUCCUUGGCGCGUGACCCCACAGGCAAAUACAUCUGCAGUGGUGGAGCUGAUGGUCUCAUCACGGUUUGGGAACCCAGGCAGCCGCUGUGCUUGAGAUGCUUCUUGCAUCCGGGGCAAGUUAUUUCCAACGUGGACUUCAACUACCAGGGCAGUUUGAUUGCUUGGGGUACUGGUGCAGGCGAGCGAAGUUUGACGCUGAUGGGAGCCAACACUGCUAUCCCGUAUUACCAGGACCUGACACCUGCAACGGUGACGCAGUUGAGGUGGCAUUCGAGCAAAAAUGUCCUUGCGUACAGCCUGAAUGCCAGUCAGAUGUCGGACGAUCGACCACAGCGUGAUCGCCGUGGCUACAGCAAGGAUACCCCGAUCAUCCAGCUUCUAAAGGCCAGGAACCGAAGGUCCAAGUGGCUCGUGCUAAGGUCCAUCCGGAUUGUACAUGCAGGUUACUAGGGGAAGCAUCGAACACAUAUGUGGAUGACUAGCGGUCACGUCCAUUCGGUGGAUCAGGCCUUUUUCAGCUGCAGACUAGGUAUGACUAGGCAACAAAAAGAUCAAAGGAGCCAGUUGGCAUCUUUCGAUUCCAAGUUCUAGCAUGGCCAUUUGUCCGACUCCGUCCCUCUGAACCGCCUCGUCUUUGCGUGAUGCUUUGCUUGUUUCACGUGCAGCUUCCGGAUGAUCUUUGACGUGGCUGGAUGCUGGAUGACCAGAGAGAGGUCUGGAGUUAGCAAGGAAAACAGAGCAGCGCUGUACUGAAGGAGAACAGAGCAGCUGCAGCUGAGAUAUCUGCAGAUCCAAUUCGGAAACCCCCGAUUCACCGAAAC